UCAGAGAUCAUCAUUUUUAUGCAUAAAUGGAUCGAUAAUGGUUAUUGUUGUUACGAACAAAUGGGUGAAGAAACAAAUGGGUGAAGAAACAGAGGAUAGCAGCAGGGGAAGAAGGGGAGGGGGCAGAUGGUCUCUGCAUGCCAUGACUGCUCUUGUUACUGGUGGCACCAAAGGAAUUGGACAUGCUAUCAUAGAGGAAUUGGCCGGACUUGGAGCAUCGGUAUAUACUUGUGCUCGCAAUGAAGAUGAUCUUAACAAAUGCUUGAAUCAGUGGAAGGGUAUGGGGUUGGAUGUUCAUGGUUCAGUUUGUGAUUUAUCAUCACGCUCUGAUCGGCACAAAUUGAUUGAAGCAGUGUCUUCACAUUUUAAAGGAAAACUCAACAUCCUCGUGAAUAAUGUUGGCACAGGCUUCGGAAAACCUACAGUGGAGUAUACGGCUGAAGACUUCUCCUUACUGAUGACGACCAAUUUCGAAUCUGCUUACCAUAUGUGCCAACUCUCACAUUCUCUUCUGAAAGCAUCAGGAGCAGGAAGCAUUGUAUUCAACUCCUCUAUUUCUGGGGGGCUUGCUACAUAUUUUAGCUUAUAUGGUGCUACUAAAGCUGCAGUGAACCAAAUCACAAAAAAUCUGGCUUGUGAGUGGGCGAAUGACAAAAUUCGGACCAACACUGUGGCACCUUGGUUUAUAAAGACACCGCUUGUGAAAGAUUAUUUAGGAGAUAAAGAGUGGUUUGCAGGGAUAAUUGCCCGAACCCCUAUGCAUCGCGUAGGGGAGCCAGAGGAAGUUGCUUCUUUGGUUGCAUUCCUUUGCAUGCCAGCUGCGUCGUAUAUCACGGGUCAAGUAAUCUGUGUUGAUGGUGGAUUGACUGUCUAUGGCUGGUAUCCAUGACAAGGAAAAUUUGAUCCAGAUCACAUCUCUCUCUCUCUAAAUAAUGCAGCUAUGUUUAGGGCCCUGUGUUAAAAAAUAAUGUGUUGAUGUAAUAAUUGGAUUGAUAGCUUGUUGGGGGCACAGUAGCUUCUGUAAGAGUUUUGCGUUAAUCUAGGAAUAGCAGGGAAUCUUUUGAUCAUUUUGCAUUGCACAAACUUUAAUUCAUUAUCCGAUCAUGCAUUUGUGUGGAUUUGGGUUUGUGAAUUAAGAGUAGGGUUUGUCAUGGCAAAGUAUACCAUAAUCCUAGGGACUAUGGAAAAACUGUAGUCCAAUGGACAAUUAUGGUGGUCCCAAUAAAAAAACUUUCUAAAGUGCCAUUC